AAUGACUGUUAAAAAUAAAGACAAUACCAAUAAUUCUUCCUCCGUCCCAGCAUUUUUGAGAAGAACUUGUAGUAAUGCAGCAAAUGGAAUAAAUGCAAUAAAGCCUUCAGGUUGGAUUGGGGCGGUAAUAAUGAGGGCUUCUACUUCGGAUGAUAAUGUAAAAUCCAAAUCAAUUCCUCGAAGAACCCAAAGUAUUGGAAGCUCAACAACCACACAAAUAUUAAAUUUGCCCCCAACAUUUUUAUAUUCUACCGGUUGGAUGGUCGAAGCAGACCUUUCUAGUGACGAUUCUAAUAAUGAAAAAGUGCAAAUUUUUGGUGGAAAUAAUUGUGGAGGUGUUGAAGAUUGCAUUAUUGAACUUGAUGGCCAACGCAAGUUGGGGAUUCAAAGAUUGCAUGAACUACUUAUCAGUAGAUUUUGCUUUAUUUCGGGAAUGAAAACACUUAAAGGCCAUCCUCUUGUAACCUUCCCAGAUUCAAGAUGUUGUUUAAGUUUUGAAAAUUAUCAACUUUUAUUGGAUUAUUUAUUUCAAAUAAAUCGGGAAGAGUCUGAUCCAUCAACAGAAGAUAAUAAUUUAAUUAAACAAGAAUGGAUUGUUAUUGUUGAUCGUCGUCAAGAUAGAUGGUCUUCUGUUAAGACAAUACUUUCUUUUUUGGUGAAUUACUUUCCCGAACCAAUUUAUCUCGUUAUUCUGCUCAAACCAGAAGGUGUUCUUCAACGUGCUAUAGAAUACGGGUACAAAAGUGUGUUGGAUGGAUGCGAAAAGUUUAGGCUUCACAUUUGUCAAAAUUUUUCAUCUCUUCAUGAAUUUAUUGAACCAGAUUUUUUGACAAUGGACUUGGGCGGUUCAGUACAUCAUAAUCAUGAUGAUUGGACUAAUUAUCGAAUUGAGAUUGAGCGUAUGAAAAGUUCCGCGCGUGUUAUAGCCGAAUCUUUGGGAGACUUUGGAAAGUGCCUUCGUGAAACAGAAUUGCCCAAUGAUGUUCACACAACAGAAAAAGUGUUGGAAAUGCAACAACACGAAAGGGAUGCGAUAAAAGAAGAUUUUCGAAUUUCUAUUCGAAAAGGAUUGCAAUUGUUGAGACAAGUGAGGCAGACAGAGGAAAGUUCAAAUAUUGACCACCAUCAACAUCCUUCACCUUGCAGUCUUCAAAAUAUUGCAGCUAUAGAAAGAAUGAUUGCACAAUUACAAGAUACCGAAAAAAGUUUUGAUACUUUUUGGCAAAAACAUCGUUUAAGGCUAAUGAGUUGUUUAGAAUUGAGGCGAUUUGAAGAUGAAUUUAGAAAGGUAAAAAAAAUGAGGGAAUUUUUAAACGACUUUCCCGCUGUGAUUAAUGAGACAAAUCUCAUUUUGGAAAUUGGGAGAGUUUGAAUAAAAUAAGGAAAGGGAAAAAAACGGAUUUAAAGUUUGUUAGUUAGAAAAGGAUGCGGAGGAUGUAAAAAUUCCAUUGGAAAUUUUUUGUAUUUGGAACAUUUUUUGUUUUCUUUUUUAAGUUGUUCACCUUGCGAAAUUAUCUGACUUCCCCUCCUAUAUAUAUAUUCAUAAAAGAUUUUGAACACAUUAUUGUUAUCCACAAAGCUCACUAGGAA